AUGGUUUUCUUGAUGGAGACAACGCAGACUGAGGCUGAGAAUGAUGUUCUACGAGAGACAUGUGGUUUCAAGCAAGGCAAAAGUUUCCCGACGGUUAUUUCUACCCGUAAUCGAGCUGGGGGCCUUAGCCUCUGGUGGAAUGAUGAUGUACACGUUACGGUAAUGGAUCGGGACUUACACUUUAUUGAUGCAGCUGUGGAGGAUGAAGUGGUAGGAAAGUGGAGGUUCUCAGGCAUAUACGGUUGGGCUGAAGGGUCUGAUAAGUGGAGAACGUGGGAUCUCCUAGGGUCUCUUCGCCAACAGUGGGAUGGACCUUGGCUAUGUGGUGGGGACUUUAACCAAGUCCUAUCGUCUAGAGAGAAGAGUGGAGGACGGGGUGUACAAGAGGCGGGAAUGACCCAUUUUAGCAACUGUUUAAAUGAAGUGGGCUGUCAAGACUUAGGAUUCCAUGGCUAUCUUUUCACCUGGGAAAACAGGAGGACAAGAGGCGGUUACAUCGAAGAGCGGUUGGAUAGAUUUAUUGCCAACGAAAAGUGGCGAAGUUUAUUCCCAAAUGGGAGAGUUCAACAUGGGGACCGGGCACACUCGGAUCAUCGUUCGAUUGUUUGUGAAACAAGGGGCGAGGAGGACUUGGAAGUUAAGUGGGGAUGGUCCUUCCGGUUCUAUCCGAUGUGGACACAACACAAGGACUGCUCCUCUAUAGUGGAGCGGGCAUGGAACAGAUCCUCAUCAGCUGAUGUCUUGGAUAAAUUUGCAAGAUGCCGGCACGAUCUUGACAACUGGACUCGAGGGGCUUUCCCUGCUUUUGCAAAGCAGAAAAACAAGAUCCAAAGGGCAAUGCGAGCGUUGGAAAGAAGAAGGAAAACCGAGUAG